AUUGGAUAACCGUGACUCCGUCUUCUAUCAGCUUCUGUCGUGAGGAGUCACUAUAUUUCCACGGGACGGAACGAGGUUCAAUCGCAGAUUCCUUAACGACGCGGUGACGCGCUUGACGCGUGGUGUGAAGUGUCAGAGGUUGUAUUUGAGAAAGAUACAGAGCAUAGAAUUAUACGUUACAAUGACAUGACAGGGGUAUUGUUUUAAAAAAUCAGAAUCGGUGAUUGAUGUAAGUCUUUCUUUGACUGAGUAGCAGAAAGUCGUGGUCUUUCCAUUACCCUUCAAAAACUAGGAAUUUGUGAAAGAACCUGUCAUCAUGUUUAUUUAUUUGAGUAAAAAAAUUGCGAUUCCAAAUAAUACAAAAUUGAAUUGUUUGGCAUGGAACAAGGAGCAAGGGUACAUUGCAUGUGGUGGAGAUGAUGGCUUACUUAAAGUUUUAAAGCUUGAAUCAGGCAAAGAUGGAAAAUUGAAAGGUUUAGCUGCACCAUCAAAUCUUUCAAUGAACCAAACAUUAGAGGGUCAUAGUGGUCAAAUUCAAGUUAUUACUUGGAAUGAAAUUCAUCAGAAGUUAACCACAAGUGAUCAGAAUGGACUUAUUAUUGUGUGGAUGCUAUACAAGGGUUCUUGGUGUGAAGAGAUGAUAAACAAUCGUAAUAAAUCAGUUGUUAAGGGAAUGGCAUGGAAUUCAGAUGGUCAGAAAAUAUGCAUUGUUUAUGAAGAUGGAGCUGUAAUUGUUGGCUCAGUAGAUGGAAAUAGGAUAUGGGGCAAAGAAUUGAAAGGGAUUAUGCUGACUUGUGUAGAAUGGUCACCAGAUGGCAAGCUUCUGCUAUUUAGCCUUCGAAAUGGAGAAGUUCAUGCAUAUGAUAAUCAAGGAACUUUUGCGAUGAAAUUGCAUAUUCAGUGUCUGCCAAUUGUUCAAGGACCAGUCCAGGUCAUAUCAAUUCAUUGGUAUGAUGGUCGUUAUGGAUAUAUUGAAGAGGGUUGCCCAGUACUUGCUAUCUGUUAUGAAAAUGGUUGCAUGCAGAUAAUGAGAGGGGAAAGUGAUGACAUGCCUGUUAUAAUUGAUACUGGUAUGACUGCUAUAUGCUGUUGCUGGAACCAUAACGGAAGUGUAAUAGCUGUUACUGGAGUUAUGCAACUGGCUGGUGAGAAUAAAGACUGUAAUGUUAUUCAGUUCUUUAGCCCUUUUGGAGAGCAAUUACGUUCCUUGAAAAUUCCUGGAAUUGAAGUGACGAGUUGUGUAUGGGAAGGAGGUUCCUUGAGGGUAGCAUUAGCUGUUGAUUCUUUUAUCUACUUUGCCAAUAUUCGCCCAGAUUACAAAUGGACUUAUUUUGAAAGUACAGUUGUCUUUUCUUAUUAUCGCCCUGAAAAAUAUGGCACUAUUAUUACAUUCUGGAAUACAACAAAUGGUGAAUGUUAUCACAAAUGUGUAAAAUUAUUACUUGGUGUUGCUUCGUGUGGAGAGCAUUGUGUGCUAGCCACAAAGACUGAAGAUCAAUAUGGUCUUAUGCUGUGUAAUGCAAUUGGAACACCAGUUGACACUAAAUAUAUGGACAUACAGCCAAUGUGGAUAGCAAUGAACUCUACCCAUGUAUUUGCUGCUUCACAAGAUAAUUUCUUGUUAUGGCACUACAGAACUCCAAAGUCACGUUCAACCUUUGUAUUAGCAGGAUCUCGACAACGAAAGGAGAGACUUUAUCAUGUAGAUGACACACCAUCUGGCGUUGCUGAAGUUAUUCAAGAUUUAGAUCGAUCAUAUGAGCCCUCCACCAAUAUGCAGCCUACUGCUGAUCCAAUAUGUUGCAUGACUGCAUCUGAAAAGAUCUUAAUAAUAGGUCGUGAGUCAGGGAUGUUACAACGUUACUCACUUCCACAAGUAGCUUUAACUAACCGAUAUCCAUUAAAUUGUCGCCCUUAUAAAUUAGCUAUUAAUAGCAAUGGAAGUCGCCUAUCUGUAAUUGAUAUGACAGGAGUUCUGACUUUUCUUGACUUAGAGCCGCCUUCUUCAGCAUAUGGAGCGGGUGAUACUCUUGGUCAAACCAUUACUCCCUCAAAGGAUUUAUCAAAAUUUGAGCGGAAGGAUGUUUGGGCUAUGUGUUGGGCUAGUGACAACCCUGAAUUGCUGGCCAUUAUGGAAAAAACACGCAUGUAUGUGCUGAGGGAUUUGGAACCCGAAGAACCUAUUCAGAGUUCAGGAUACAUCUGCCAGUUUAAGGAUUUGGAAAUACGAGCAGUCCUUCUUGAUGAUUUAGUUCAAAACCCUGAUAAUCCCGUCAAUGAAUAUGUUUUAGAUUUAGAAGUGAAAUCGUUAAGAGACACAAGGAAUUUAUUAGAGAAAGUAGGAAUUGUGGAAGCUACUACAUUUAUAGAAGAGAAUCCUCACCCUAGAUUAUGGCGACUUUUGGCUGAAGCUGCUGUACGGCAAUUGGAUCUUAAUGCUGCAGAAGCUGCUUUUGUUCGUUGCAAUGACUAUCCUGGAAUUCAACUUGUUAAAAAGCUUCAGAAUAUUUAUAAUGACACCUUAAAAGCUGCUGAAGUGGCAGCAUAUUUUAAAAACUUCAAUGAGGCUGAAAAACUGUAUCUAGAAGUAGACAGAAGAGACCUAGCCAUUUCUCUGCGUGAAAAACUAGGUGAUUGGUUUCGAGUAAUUCAGCUAAUGAAAAUGGGAUCUGGAGGAUCUGAUAGUCAAAUGGAAGUUGCUUGGAAUUCUAUUGGAAGUUACUUCUCAGAUAGACAAAAUUGGGAAGCUGCUAGAGAAUAUUAUGAGAAAGGACGUAAUUUGGGCCAGACAAUAAAGUGUUUUUAUAUCCUUGAAGAUUAUGAUGCUUUGGAAGCCACUGUUAACACACUACCAGAGAGAGACAAUCAUUUAUUGACAAUAGGUGAGAUGUUUGCAUCUGUUGGAAUGUGUUCUCAAGCAGUUACUGCUUAUAUUAAGGGUGGCCAAGUAAAACUAGCCGUGGAUACUUGUGUAAAUCUUAAUCAAUGGGACCAAGCUGUUGAUCUAGCAAAACAGUACAAAUUACCAGAGAUUGGAAAUCUUCUCUCUAAGUAUGCAGAAUAUCUCAUGUCAAAAGGCAAGAUUUUGGAAGCUGUGGAAUUAUAUCGCAAAGCUAAUCACUUUUUGGAUGCAGCCAAACUCCUUUUUGAGUUAGCAAAAUCAGAGGGAAGAAAGACAAACAAGUUAUUAAAAAUGAAGAAGUUGUAUGUUUUGGCAGCACUGCUUGUAGAAGAACACCAACAACAGAUGAAACAACAAACUCUUGGAGUUGGUGAACGUAGCAAAGCUCUCAUGGGUUUGUUAGAGUCAGACGCAGGCUACGAGGUGGAUGCACAAGUUAUUGACAAUGCCUGGAGAGGAGCUGAAGCUUUUCACUUCUAUAUGUUGGCUCAACGACAGUUAUAUGAAGGUUAUGUAGAUGCAGCCAUGAAAACAGCACUUCAUCUGAGAGAAUAUGAAGAUAUAUUGGAACCAGAAGAUAUUUAUUGCAUUUUGGCUUUGGCCAGCUGUGCUAACAGAGCAUUUGGUACUUGUUCUAAAGCAUUUAUCAAACUAGAGUCCCUUGAGAAGGUACCGGAGGCCAAGAGAACAGCUUAUGAGUCUCUAGCAAUGGAUGUUUUUACAAAAUACAGUCCAAAGGAUUCACGAAGUAAUCGCUCUGAAUGUACAACCUGUGAAACAAUGAUUCCUGACAUAUGCAGUGUGUGUCCAAGUUGUGGAACACGUUUUCCAAUUUGUGUGGCUACUGGACGCCCACUUAUGGACAUGUCAUCUGUGUGGACAUGCAAUAUGUGCAAACAUUGUGCUGCUGAUCAGGAUGUUAAUGUUCGUCAAAGCUGCCCUCUGUGUCAUGCACCGGUACAAGCUUGAGGUCCAGGACUAAAAAGAUCAUUUUAUAAUCUAAAAGAAAUGAUUGUUCCUUGGUAAAGAUUUCUGCAAGAUUUAUUUUUCACUAGAUUUAUGUUUUAAUGCAUUUUAUAUUAUAAAUUUGGUUCAUAGUUAUUCCGUCCAAUUAGUGCUUUACUCUUACUAUUCCGUCCAAAGAGAGGGGGGGGGGGGAAUUAAAAAAAAAUUGAAUAUUUUUUAUUGUUUUUGUUCACUGCAUUUUAAGAAAUAUGUCAUGAACUCAUUUAAGCAAAAUAUAGUAAAUUUCUAAUUAAUUUAUAAUCUAUAAUUUAUUUCUUUUGAUGAGAAAAAGUACAAAUUUGCAUAAUUCUGUGCAUAGUGUAAUUUAAAUUUUUUAGUAUCUAAUUAUAUAAAAUGUUAUACUGCCUGUUUUCAAACUUUUGUUUGAUUAAUUGCAUACUUUAUAUGCAUUACAUGAUAUGAUUUUUGUUUGUUGAAAAUUGGUUAAGAGAAUCAACACUGUUAAUUAUGUAAUUGCAACAAAUACUUUUACAAGAAUUAAAAUUGGAAACAG